CCACACAGCGAGACCAGCACAGACCAGCUGAUCAAGGACUUUCAUCCAUAUGAUGCUAAAGCCGAGAGGACGAGCUUACAGGUUGAAUUUAGUCUUUUUUGAGACUCUGCCUUAAGCAUCCUGUAGCCUGCCAGCCCUCAGUCCUGCUCACCAUUCUCAUGGCAUCUCUCCAAGUGCCUCUGCAGCUGCAGUCAGACUGAUCUCAUCACUUGAGUGCAGCAGUGACUGGGGAUUUUGUUGGGAGCAGAGAAAAGUGGACCAUCAGGGGGACACGCUGGGACUUGGUGUAAACCUGGCAAGGAGAGGUGAGCUGUUGAAAUAAGAUGAGCGUAAACAGCAGUCACACUCCCACCGUCAGUGGACAGGACUUGGUCAAGAAUGGCAGCAACAGCAGUCGAUCGGUUGUGAAUCCCUCCACUCCCACUAAGAAACCUAAACCACCCAAACCGGAGAAUGCCAUCACCAUUGCCGUGUCGUCCCGAGUCCUUUUCAACAUGGAGAAGGAACAACAGAUCUUUGAGCAGCAAGGCAUGGAGGAGUACAUCAAGUAUCAGGUGGCGCACGAAACAGAGCCCUUCAGCCCCGGACCUGCCUUCUCCUUUGUCAAGGCUCUGGAGGCUGUCAACACUCAACUGAGGGAGCUUUAUCCUGACAGCGAGGAGCUAUUUGAUGUUGUUCUCAUUACAAACAACCAUGCAUAUGUUGGCCUCAGACUCAUCAAUACCAUCAACCAUCACCAUUUGUUCAUCGAGCGCUUCUGUAUGACUGGAGGAAACAGUCCCAUAGGCUACUUGAAGGCCUACCACUCAAAUCUGUAUCUGUCUGCUGACCCGGUGAAGGUUCGGGAGGCACUUGAGGAAGGAAUAGCAGCAGCCACCAUGUUCACUCCAGAGAAGAUGAGGGCGGUGUCGGAGACUCAGCUGCGCGUUGCCUUUGAUGGCGACGCCGUCCUGUUCUCGGAUGAGUCCGAGCAGAUUUUCAAGGCGCACGGACUGGACAAGUUCUUUGAGCACGAGAAGGCACAUGAGAACAAGCUGCUGGAUCAUGGACCACUGAAGGGCUUCCUGGAGGUUUUAGGAAAGCUGCAGAAGAAGUUUUACGCCAAAGGCCAGCGCAUGGACUGUCCCAUCCGGACGUACCUGGUGACAGCUCGCAGCGCAGCCAGUUCUGGGACUAGAGCCCUGAAAACACUGCGUUCAUGGGGUCUUGAGAUCGACGAGGCUCUGUUUCUCGCGGGAGCACCCAAGGGCCCGAUGCUGGAGAAGAUCAGGCCGCAUAUCUUCUUUGAUGACCAGAUGUUUCAUGUGGAGGGGGCGGCAGAGAUGGGGACGGUGGCGUGUCACGUGCCGUAUGGGAUCGGUCAGAGGCUUCCAAGGAAGGGAGGAAAGGACAAAGAGACCGCUCCCGCAGUCCAAUAGCAGGGAAAAGAUGCACAAAGAUGCGUCUAGAGCAGCCAUUCUCAACCUUGGCGGUCCCGACCCCAGUUUCGGGUUGCAAGAUGAUUUCUGGGGGUCGCCAAAUCAUUUUUGGAAAAAUAUAAAUGCACAAAAUUAAUGUAGCUUCCGAGUGGACAUUAGAAAGACGACAAGCGGUUGGUCUUAAACUAGCAUUUUAUUACUCAAAACCAGUUACUGUCGGCCAUAACUAGGCUACACCAAAACAACAACAACGAACCUGUGCACUAGUCUCAUGUCUGCCCUUGUCAUUCACACAUCACCGGAGCAAAAAGGUUGAGAAACACUGGUCUAGAGAGACGUCUAAGUUUGGCAUUUAGCAGCAUGUUGCAGUAACUACUGGAGAAUGCAAACACUAUUGAAUAAUAGUAUAAAAAACAGAUGAUGUCUCUUAUUUUUUUAUCAUUAAAUUAACUAAAAACUUUAUUACUUUGUAACUUUACUAAACUUGCCGGCACUUACUGUAUUUAUAGCUUUUUUCUUUUUUGUUUUAUAGCUGUUAACGCUACAUGCUGCAGCUAUUUAUAUAAAAAAAAGAUUUUCAGUGUCCUCAGCAUCUUUAAGAAAAUUGUUGUGAGAUGUUUAAUAGCGAUGAUUAGCCAGCAGUGAUAACUGCAUUAUUUCCAGAAGACAUGAACUCCAAAUGAGAAGUUUCUGAUAACGUUAUAUUUGUUUUCAUGAUUAGUUUUGAGUUUCUUUGAUGAUUUAUUACAUUUUACUGAAGUGAGCAGUUAUAAUUUAUCUGCAAAGAACUCAUGUGUUUAAACACCACAAUGGAGAGCUUUUUAUUAAAAUAUUUCAUUUACAUUUGGAAAUUUACCUGAUAUACCAAAAGCUGAUUUAAUUUUUUGUAUGAAUAUAUUUUUCCUGAUAUUAAAAAUAAAAAGCCCUAUUCAACUAAAUAAUUUAGAAAAAGG